AACCACUCUGGUUCUCAGUGGCAUAGGACACUUGCCUUGUGCCUGAGACUUCUGCCUUCCUUUAUUUUUCUUUUUCAAUAUGCCUCCUUCCCUAGAUCUCCAGUAAAAUUGCUACAGUGCUUUAUUUGCAAUAGUUUGAAUUAGCCUAAAGUUUGUUCUUGAAGCUGAUAUCUGGUAGUCAUCAAAACUGUAAAUACCGGGAUAGCUGGCAGUCUGUCAGGCUUCUGGUUUGACCCUUGGAUUUGUUACUGGCUGCUUCCCUGUUCACUUCAGCCUGCAAGAGGGAAUUGUCUGCCUACCUGAGUUCCAGCCUGGAGAUGCAGGCCAUCACUCCUGAUUCUUGGCUUGCAGAACUUAGGUAGUGCUUUCUUCAGCUUCCUAAGGGAAGCCAGCCAGAAGAACUCAGGAUGAGUAAAAAUACUAAUUUUGAUGUUCAAAGCACAAAAAUCUGUGUUCUCUGUGGACGGACAGAUGACUGCCCUGAAAAGUAUGGAGAAAAAAGGACCUAUGUGGAAUACAAUCUCACUGUUCAUUAUUACUGUUUGUUGAUGUCAAGUGGCAUUUGGCAGAGGGGUGAAGAAGAUGAAGGUGUAGAUGGAUUUUUAAUCACAGAUAUUAGAAAAGAAAUAAAAAGAGCUGCAAAACUGACAUGUAAUAUCUGUAAGAAAAAGGGAGCUUCAAUUGGAUGUGUAGCUCCUAAAUGCAAACGAAGUUACCAUUUUCCUUGUGGAUUACAAAGGGAAUGCAUUUUCCAGUUUAUGGAAGACUUCAGAUCUUACUGUUGGGAACAUAGACCAGUCCAAGAGUUUAUGGAAAAAGAACCUAGAGGAGCCUCACAGUGCACAAUAUGCCUGGAUUUGGUUGAACAUCUUCCAGUGUACACUGUAUUGAAAAGUCCUUGCUGUAAAAAUGCUUGGUUUCAUCGAGAAUGCCUGCAGUAUCAAGCUUUGAGUGCUGGGAUAUUUUUCUUUAGGUGCACAGUAUGUAAUAACCAGGACAGAUUUCAAAAAGAAAUGUUGAGAAUGGGCAUACACAUUCCAGAAAGGGAUGCAUCUUGGGAACUUGAAGAAAAUGCAUAUCAAGACUUACUGCAUUGUUAUCAACACUGUGAUGUUAAAAGAUGUCUCUGCAAGAAAGGAAGAGACUAUAAUGAACCUGAUAGUAAAUGGGAAAUUAAACGUUGCCAGUACUGCGGUUCUCGUGGGACUCAUUUGGCCUGUUCAUCUAUGAAGUCAUGGGAGCAAAAUUGGGAGUGCAUGGAAUGCAGAAGUAUCUUUGCAAAAUCAGGGAAGUAUAGCAAACAGAAAAAGCGUGCUUUGGCUACCUCUGAAAAGACAAAUGGAACACCCUGUUUGCUGGAAGGGCCACCUCCGAAGUCCCCUCGGCAGUCAUCUGGAUCUCCAUGCAGUUUUCUACUCCAAUCACCAAAGAUAAUGUGCCAGAACUUGUCACCUUGCUCACACCUAGAACAGCCAGCAUCCAACAGAGUGACAGUGUCCCCAUCUCCAGUGAUGUCAAACAGGAACUUGUCCCUGAGGCACAAGUAUUUAAGACAGCAAAGAAGGGAAGUUUGUAAUAUACUGAAGGAGUUAAAGAUACAAGUUAAAACAAAAACAACAAGACUUAACAUCAAUGCAGAAAAUAUUUGGAGUAGUGCUUUAAAAGGAUUUAGACAGCGCAUCUUCAAUCCUACAAACACUAUUGAAGUAAAUUUCUCAAACUGCAAAAAUAGAUCGAAGACAAAUACUUCUGCUGCAUCAAAACACCAUUUCUUCCAAGCAUUAAUGCUUCACCUUCAGAAUUCAUCAUUGUUUGAGGGCUCUUCUGGAAAGAACUUGUCUCUUGAUUUUCAAGCUGUAAAAGAAAAUCUUUAUUUUGAAGCUGGUAAAAUGAUUGCAGUUUCUCUGGUUCAUGGUGGUCCACCUCCUGGUUUCUUUUCCAAAACACUGUUCAAUUGUCUUGUCUAUGGUCCAGAGAAUGUGAAGCCAGCUUUGGAAGAUGUUGCUGAUGUUGAUGUAGCACAAACAAUAAAAACGAUAAAAUAUGCAAAUAGUCUGUCCAGCCUACAGUCUACACUACAGGACUGCUGUGCAUUCCUCACUGCUGCUGGCUGUUUAAGACCUGUAACAGCUUUGUGUGAUAAGAACAUGCUGGUGAAUGACAUACUGAUCUAUCAUGUAAUCAAGAGAAUUACUUUACCCCUAGAAAGUUUUAGGCAGGGUUUGAAAACACUUGGCAUUCUGGAGAAAAUGCAAAUGCACCCAGAUUUGUUCUCUAGCAUAUUGUGCUACAAACCCGAAAGACUCUCAGCGGAAACUGUUUACGGCCUCUUUACAAUCCAUUCCUCAUCAGAUGUAAAUAAAAUUGAAGGUGCUCAUUUUUGGAUGGGCUAUUUGCAAGAUGUGGAAAGUGGUGACUCUGUAGUAACGUUGGAGGAUAUUCUGCUCUUUGUAACAGGCUCCUCUUAUAUACCAUCUGUUGGUUUUGAUCCUGAACCUACUAUUAAAUUUUUGCAUAUAAGGUAUCCCAUUGGAAACAGACUUCUUAAUUGCUUAGAGCUUCCUAGAACAAAGACAUAUCAGCAGUUCAAAAAUAAAAUGGAACUCACCAUCAGAAACACACUAAGAGUUGAAAGGGAGUAUUUUUGCUAUUAAACUGAACAUUGGAAACUUGAGUUUUCUGCAGGAACAUCUGCUUUCAGUUUGCUACUGUAUUUUUGGACAACAUCCUUUUAGUAUUUUCUGACCUUUCCUUCAAAUUAUGCUAAAAGUUGUAAUGUUAUUAGAGGAAAAACUAUUUUCAAAAUUAAAAAAAAACUUUAUCUCCUGAAUAAUUUUCCUUUUAAAGUUGACUUUAAGAAUCCUACAUCUCUUGCAGAAGUAAUUUAAAUGUCAGCUUUUCCUGUAGACAGGUAUGAAAUGUUACCACACUCUGUAACAGGUAAGUAUGUGGAUUGUAUCAAAUACUUAGGUAACUUAUUUAUCAAAAACAAACCAAGUACAUUUUGAAGAUAAUUUCAGUAGAGCAUUGUCUUGCAUAAAACUCUGAUGCAGUUCUUCAGUUCGAUGUAUAUUUUUUCAGUAAUUGUUUUGUAUUGAUUCAUUUAUGUUCUGAUGGUUCAUAAAAACCCAGGAAAAUUAAAAUACUUGUAGUUUUAUGGUCAUUGUGGCUACUGCAUUGAAGGUUUGGAGAAAACAGGUAAAAUAAUACAGCGUAAGAACAAAAUUCGGUUGAACUUGUGUCUCUGUUUUUAAACAAAAUCUUUGACAUUUAAACAUUUCUGCAUUCUACUGUCAUACAUUAAUUUUUAAUUAUUCAUAGAGCCAAAAUAGUAAAAAACAGAAGGAAAUCUUUGAACCUGCAACAAUACCUGGUCUUUCAAAGUGAAAUAUAGCAGUUAGACUUAAUGUUGUUAAGUAUGAAAUAACAAAAGUUUGUUGCUCAUUAGAACAUGUAAACUUGUCCUCCAUUAAAGUAUUUUCAUUCGACCAUGCACUAAAACCCUUUGUUAAACUAAAGGCAGUCUACCAUCAAGCUUGUCUGGGCCUGACACUUUUCCACCUUAUAUUCUAAAUUCUUCCAGUUCAGUCAUAGACACAUUCUGAGCACUGUAUAAAAUAUAUUUCAGUGCUGCAGUAGUUUGUGCAAAUGGCUGGGCCAUUAAGCUGUAAAAUUUAAGUAGUGAAAUUCCUAUACAGCAACACUUUAAUGUUACUAAUGCUAAAACUAUGACAUUAAAAGGGCAUUUAAAUACAUUCUUUUUAAAUGUAUGCUGCCCUCUGUUUUGAAAUUCUAUUACUUCCCUCUGUUAGUUGUGACUGCCUGUGCUAUAUGUUCUUAACAUAAGCUGUGCUAUAGAUGUAAUAUAGAUACAUAUGUAUCUGUAUGUGUCUAUAUGUAUGCACAUUCUUCAAAAUAUUGGAAAGUAAUUAUAUACUCUUUUAUUAAUAUAGCUUGGUUUGAAUUGAAAAUAUAAGCAGAAUUGCUUUGCAUUUAAAUUCUUUGGCAAGGAAGUACAUCCACAGUAAUUAUAAAUGGAUAGGUGCUUCUGAAAAAAUAAUAGAAAUUCUAAGGAAAUUAUUGCAAGUCUUAGAUCAGACAUUUCUCAUUAUUAAUGCCUAAAACAGUCCAAUCUCAUCAGUCUUGUCAUUAUAAAUUUAAGAAUAUUAGAAAUUAAGACAGGAUUAGCAGUGGUUUUUGCUUGUUGGCCAAAAGCACAUUCAAGUCUCCUGUAAAAGAAACAUAUUUCCUGGAGAAUGUAAUUUGACUUGUUUAUAUACUAAGCAUUUUCUCAGUGUCUUCUCCAAUAAUAUUCUGUGUUUCUGAUCUUUGCAUAAUUUUUGACUCUUAUUUUGUCAAUAAAUUCUUUGUAUUCUUAGCCUUCUCAGUGGUCUGUUACCAUUAUAGGGAGAGUGGUUUGGCACAAAUUUGUUUACAUAAUAAGGAUUCAUGUAUGUAUUUUUCAAAAAUAAUGACUUUCCUGCAAAUAUCAUAUUAUACUUUAAAAAUGAGUGCAGUAUUUGUUUUUCUUGCCUAGCUAACGAUAAAUGCCUUCUGUAAUGUUAUUCUUCCAUAUGAGAAGUACAGAUUUUACAAAAGUAGCAAGCAGAGUGUGAGUAAUUUUAAAGGACAAGGACUUUGGGUACCUGCAGUGGCAAGAGAAAUUGUUCAGAACCUGAAACUAAAUAAACAGCAUUUUAAAACCUUCAAUGGAGAAAGAAAUAAUAAAACAAUGUGAACAUAAGGCUUCAAAACAUAUCUCAGACUACAAAAAUAGCAUUCAUAUCUUUUACUGCUUAUUACUUUUGAACUCAGUAUUUGAAAGGUUUUUAUAUAAAGGCAGAACUAACCUAUAUGCCAGCUGUAAAAAAUGUCAACUUUAAAACGAUCUGCUGUACAAUGCUAUAUCCAAACACUGAAUUUUAAAAUCAGUAAAAACAUAGUGUGUAGUAUUGCUUGAAAGGUUUUUCUUGCACAGAUUUUGUUCCCAAUUUCUAAUACUGACGUGUACCCGUUCAGGACAAGUCGUCUUUCUCUUUUCUGUUGAUUUGAUCAGCUCUAUCUAGGGGCUCCAAUAUAAUACUUCAUAUAUUCAAGUUAUAUUCCUGAAUGCUGCUGUGGAAAGGAAUCUCCUCAUUUUCAGCAUUUACUUAUAUAGACCAGUCAUAAAUUUAUUUGAACUGUUCAUUAGAAUUCCAUUGAAUAAGCUAACUUCCAAACACAGAAUUGUCUCCCUUGUCUUGACAUUGUAAGAACAAUUUAUAUAGCUAUAAGGACCCCAGGUUUUUAUUGUUGUAACAGAUCACUGAAGUGCAAUAUUAUGGGGUAGUUUUCAUUUAAAUAAACAUAGCCUGAGGCACACCUUGAAAUUAGGGAGACUGCUUACUUUCAGUAUUUCUGUAACACAGAGAGAAUAAUUGUGUAUGCAUCAGUUGUGUAUUAAAUAUAUUCUUAUAGAAGCUGCAUCUUUUAUAAGAUUGUCAGCACCGUGAAAGAACUAUUGCAUCCUUUUUGUGUUUGGCCAAAGAACUUCACCCCACAGUUUCUGCAUCAAACUUUCAGUUUCUAUCUGGAAUUAGCACCUCAAAUAAGCUAUUUGUUUUCUAGAGUGAUAGUUUUCUACUAAACGGUAACAUAUUAGUAUUAGUGGGUUUUUUUUAUGGUCUCCUUAACAAUGUAGAUAUAAUAAAAAAAACCAGUCAAGUAUUUUAGCUCUAUGUUUGAAAGGAAUAAGAAAUUUGUGCUUUUUUACCCAUUCAGAGGAUGCUUACCAGAAAAAGCUGUUAGCUUUUUUAACUGAAUGAAAGGUGAAAUACAGUCCAAAGGAGAAAAAAUUUGUUCAUACUAAAAGUCUAAACCAUUGUGUGCUGCACCUUUGAUUACUUUAAGAUGUUAUGUCCUGGAAUCUGAAAACAUGAGGAUUUUUUGAAUAUUAGUUAUUAAUUCACACUCACAUUCUGCAUAUGCAUUUUGAAAAUGGUAUCUAAAAAUUAAUUUAAAUAGAAAGAAUUGAAACAUAGAAGCCUCCAAAAUAGGCCUUUCAAGUAUAUUUUGAAUCUGUUUUAUAUGGUAAAACAUGUUUAAAGCUCAAACUUUUCUGUUUCUUACCUAAGGGAAUGUCUAAUAGGAAAAAAAAAUGCGAAAACUUUUGAAGUGUCAAAUCAUAUAUAUACACAAAAUCGUUUUCAAAAUGUUAAUGUUUUUGCACUCUAAUCCUCUGAUUUUUGUAUUACAUAAACAACAUUAUUUUUAAAUUUAUGGUAUUUAGAAUGUUAUGCAAUACAAUGUAAUUUUGUAAAUUUUUCUAGCUCUAACUUGAAUUCUGCAGGAUCAGUGCCUAAACUGUUGCAUCUUGAAGCAAUGUUUUGUAGCAUCAGUGUUGAAAUAAUCAGUAAUUGUGGGAAAUACCGUGUAUAUGUCCAAAGUGCAAUAAAAGGUUAAAUAUGUA